UUUCCGUACAACAAGAUGGCUGCCCUUUCGUGGACCUCCCUUCCUGGCGUCCUUCUCUCGCUUCCCCUCCCAGAACUCCGUUCGCCGCCGUCCUAUUGGCGGAGCCCGGACUUCCGGGAGCCGCGCGCCCCGCCUAGCCGGGACAAGAUGGCGGCGCGGGCGCUGGUUCAGUACGUGGUGCUGAGGGGGGACCUUCGGCGGGAGCCCCGCUCGUGGCCCUUGGGCGCCUCGGUGGCGCAGGCCUGCCACGCGGCCCUGGCAGUGGUGCACGCGCACUACCAGCACCCGGACACGGCGGCCUACCUGGCCCAGGGCGGCAGCAUGAGGACCGUCGUGCUGGAGGCCCCAGAUGAGUGUGCAUUGACUGCGUUAGCAGAGGUACUGCAGCAAAACAACAUUGAUCACAAAGUGUGGAUUGAACAGCCAGAGAACAUUGCCACUUGCAUUGCCCUUCGCCCAUACCCUAAGGAGCACGUACACCAGUACCUGAAGAAAUUCAAACUGCUGAAAUGAUCUUAUGUAUUUCUGGCCCUAUUCAGGACUGGCCAAGAAAAUCCAGUUCUCAGGUAGGCGCUUGUGGCCGAGAGUUUGUGGACAAUUUGCAGUACCAUGGUGAAGUGCAAUAACUGAAUCAGGAACCAUCUUUUCAUUGCAUGUUGCUGGUAAUUGUGGUUUCAACUGAUGUGCGUCUCUGCAGUUGAUUAAAGAAGGGUUUGUUGAGACUGAUAAAGAGCUGGGGUUUUUUUAUUUUAGCAUAAAACACCUCUCUUAUUUUAAGAAGAAACUCUUGAUGCACACCUUGAUCAAUUUAAAGAU